AUGACUACAUCUGUUGUAGUACCGGGAGCAGUAGAUGUGGCCCCCACAGUCUCGGAAUCUCGAGGAGAGGCCUCGGCCGCGUUGUAUCCCAUAGCGCUGCUUAUUGACGAGCUUCGUAGUGAGGAUGUCGAUCUUAGAGUCAACGCUAUGAAUCAGCUGGACCAUAUAGCGUGUGCAUUGGGGCCGGUUCGGACACGGGAAGAGCUGCUACCAUUCCUCACUGAAUUGGUAGUAGUAGAGGGCACAUGGGUUGUGUCCUUUGGGAAGGUACUUAAUGCUGAUUUCAUGCAGUGGCUAGGCGGGGCGCAGUACGGUCAGUGUUUGCUGAGACCGCUGGAGGAGCUCGCCAAUUCUGAUGAUGAGCCGAGACGCGAGGAGGCUGUGAAGAGCCUUAUAAGCAUCGCUAAGGUGUCAUCCCUUGUGCUGCUGCUGGCUCUACCACUGAAUACACUGGAGACCUACUAUGUGCCGAUGUUGCGCAACAUGGCGGCUUCCGACUGGUUCUGUCAGCGAGCGGUAGCUGUCGCCCUCCUACCUGCUGUUGUAUCUCGCCUGUGUGCUCGGAAGAAAGGCUCAGGUGGAGGUAAGAUCAUCGGUGACCCGAUGGUGGUAUUGGUCGGUAUAGAUCCCCCACUGGCGUUGGAGUUGGUGAAUACACUCUUCACGAGCUUGGGGGCGGACGACUCUCCCAUGGUCCGACGGGCGGUUUUCCAAGUACUGGGUGACAUAGCAGCUGCGGUGUUCCCUGUGAGCGAUACUGUGAAUCAGCUUACUGAGUUGUUCAAGUGCCUGGCUAGAGACGAGCAAGAGUCCGUCCGUAUACUCACGGUGCCUGUGUGCAUCCAGCUCGGGAAGUGCCUCGCAGCGCAGCCUUAUGAAAUUGUUAAAGACCUGCUACCAUCGAUUCACUCCUGUGGGGAGGACCAGCAUUCGUGGAGGGUGCGCUACAUGGUGGCCGAUAAAAUCGAGGAUGUUAUAGAAGCAGUCCCUGAGAU